AUGGGCGUGCACCAGUGGGACAUCACUGUCAAGCAACUCGGGAACUAUCUCUUCUACCAAUACGUCGGCUUCAUCAUCUGGAUCAUCCUCACGCUACUACUAAAGAUCGCCAUCCUCCUGCAAUACCUCCGUAUCUUCGUCCCAGAUGGCAUUCGAGGUUUCACGUUCUGGGCCUCACAUAUUGUGCUGUGGGCAAAUGUGACCUACUAUACUGCCUUCGUGUUCACGUUCCUAUUCGUCUGCGAUCCAAGGCCUUUCUUCUGGGACAAAACCAUCGCGCAUGGCGAGUGCCUCGACAUCUUUGGCAUCAACAUUAUCGGCGCGGUGUUCUGUCUGGUAUCAGACUUGAUCAUAUUACUGCUUCCUCAGCGAGUGAUCUUCCGGCUUACAUUGUCGCGAGGGCGAAAGCUUAGUCUUGCUUUUCUCUUUGCGGUCGGCAUAUUCGCCUGCAUAACAUCCGCCGUCCGUCUGUACUACAAUGUCAAACUAUGGAAGAACCAAACCGAUGUCACGUACCAGCUUGGCUUCAUCUCACUCUGGGGAACAGUUCAGCUCGCUGCUGGAUUCUGGAUCGUAUGCUCGCCUUCGAUCCCUAAGACAAUCAAUCACUUCCGUGGAAAACCCUGGUUUCUACGGGUUGAAACGUCAUUGCGCUCGAGGCUUCGGAAAGGACACCCGAAAAGUGAGGAGGGCGAUCCAGCACAAAACCCAACUAUUGGCGGUGAGAGGAACCAACGUGCGGGGAGAGAAGUUGUUACUGACAUUGAGUUUCACGAACUGGUAAACAAGACGGAGGCAAGUAUCACAAGCCGAGCGGACAGCGGGCCAGUGUGA